UAAAACCCCAUUUUACAGAGGUUGAUGUUACAGCAACAUAUUUUAGUUUGGUUUGCUUCGUUGUCCGCUGAACUUCUGACACACCAGUUCAGUGCAUUUUCCAGCAAAAAUCAUUGUGAGAUCGUAGGUCAGGAGGAUGACAGCUCAAGUGCAUUGCUUCUUUAUUGCUGUUGCAUUGUGUCUGUUUGGAUACUUGAGCAUAACAGACGCUACUCUAGGUUCGAGUUGCCUUGGGAAGCUGACGGGCCUGCUGUCCCAUCGAGGAUGUUCUUCUGAUAGAGACUGCUCUGGAGGAAGCAAAUGUUCUGGAUUUCACUGUGAGCCUGUUUCCAUGAAGCCUGGUCAAUGUCCUGACCCGAAGAACAUUCCACUGUGUGCUAAAAGCUGUGUCGAUGAUGGCCAGUGUCCUGCCACACAGAAGUGUUGCCCUACCACUCGUGGCCAUGCAUGUAGUGAACCAAGCAGCCAGGGCCAGGGCCAGGGUCAAGGCAUGGGUCAGGGUCAAGGCAUGGGUCAAGGCAUGGGCCAGGGCAUGGGUCAGGGCAUGGGCCAGGGUCAGGGCCAGGGUCAAGGCAUGGGUCAAGGCAUGGGCAUGGGUCAGGGCAUGGGUCAGGGUAUGGGCCAGGGCCAGGGUCAAGGCAUGGGCCAGGGCCAGGGUCAAGGCCAGGGCCAGGGCCAGGGUCAAGGCAUGGGUCAGGGCAUGGGCCAGGGUCAGGGCAUGGGCCAGGGUCAAGGGGAGGGCCGUGGACCGGGCAAAUGUUGAUGUGGUCAGGGAAAUUGUUUUCUUUGAAACUUUCAUAAGAAUUUUGAAUAACACCUACUGGAGAUCUUUUCAAUUAGGUGCUUUAUUCAUAUGGCACUUGUACCCUUUUUGCUACAGUAUGACAGUUUAGAAAGAUUUUCUGUCUCUCUCUCCCUCCUUCUCUGAAAUAAAAAAAAAAUUGCUUGAUUGAA